AUGGCGGAAAAGGACCAGGAAAUUCGCCACGUCGACGAGGCUGGCGGCGACUUCGUCCAUGCUUUCAAGGACGAGAAAUGGGCCAAAGAGAAGCUGACCAUUACCGCACACGACAUGGCAACUGAAGAAAAGGAGAUGAGCAUUUGGAGAGCCAUUGUCUCUAGCAAAAAGGCGAUAUUGUGGAGUCUAGCGGUCUCUACGUGCGUGAUCAUGGAAGGAUAUGAUACAAAUCUACUCGGUAACUUCUAUGCAUACCCAUCCUUCCAGAGAAAAUAUGGUGAAUUUGUUGGUGUUUCACGACAAGUACCAACAGGCUAUUCUCUGACUGCAGCUUGGAUGACUGGUCUUGGUCAGGCAGCUGGAUGUGGUUCUAUCCUGGGCACUGUUUUGAACGGAUGGAUCGUUGCUGCAUUUGGUCCCAGGAAAGUGCUACUGUACACAUUGGCUGUUAUGACGUGCUUCAUCUUCAUUGUGUUCUUCGCCCCCAACAAGCCCGUGCUUUUGGCGGGUGAGCUCCUCUGCGGAUUCGAAUGGGGCAUUUUUGCUACCACCGCUCCCGCAUAUGCUUCAGAGAUAUUGCCCCUGCAAUUGCGAGUGUACUUCACCUCGUACACUAAUAUGUGUUUCAUCAUCGGGCAAUUUAUAUCGGCCGGCGUUCUGAGAGGCCUUGUCCACCGCCAAGACCAAUGGGGCUACCGCAUUCCUUUUGCGCUCCAAUGGUUCUGGCCCUUAUUCCUCAUCCCUCUACUAUACUUUGUGCCAGAAUCACCUUAUCACCUAGUCCGUUGCGGCCAACUUGAAGAGGCUGGGCGAUCUAUUCGCCGACUCCAGGACCCAAGGUCGGGGAUCGAUUCAAAGAAGAUCUUAGCACAAAUCGUGUACACUAAUAACCUGGAAGAACAGUUGAGCGUUGGCACAACCUACUGGGAUUGCUUCAAGGGGUUUGAGCGACGCCGAACGGAGAUCGCAUGCGUAGUAUUCGGCGGCCAACUCGUCUGUGGCCUAUGCUUUGCCUACGCCAGUACUUAUUUCUUCCAACAAGUCGGGUUGGAUGCAGAUGCUGCAUAUUCCCUCGGACUGGGGGGGAAUGCACUUGCCUUGUUCGCCUGUUUCUGCAAUUGGUUUUUCCUCAUGCCACAUUUUGGUCGCCGUACUGUCUAUGUCUGGGGAAUGGCUGCAAUGGCGAUUGAACUGUGCAUUAUCGGUAUUUUGAACCCCUGGACGCACCGAUCCUCCGUCGCAUGGACGCAAGCCAUCCUCACACUUGUUUGGACUGUUUUCAAUAUCAAAGCUGACAGAAGGAAAUUAGGCUGGGCUCUUCCCGCAGAAAUCGGGUCCACUCGAUUGAGACAGAAAACAGUCUGCCUCGCACGGAAUACAUCCAAUGUUCUGGGCGUCAUCGGCGGGACUCUCGAGAACUAUUUCAUGAACCCCAACGCCUGGAAUCUUCAGGGAUACACAGGUUUUGUAUGGGGCGGAUGCGCCUGGAUCAUCUUUAUCUGGGCCUACUUCCGGCUCCCCGAGACUAAAGGAAGGACAUUCCACGAGCUCGACAUCCUCUUUGCGAAAGAAAUUCCAGCCAGGAAAUUCGCCACAACCAACAUCGACGAGUUUGAUGAGGUUGAGAAUACCCAGUUGGCCUCCAAAUAUGCGGUCGAGAGCCAUGCACCGCAUCGUCCAUCUUUUGUUCCCUCUGCCACAAACGCCUUGGGUGCUCAUGGUCGUGCAGACGAUGCAGAUGUGGGCAUCAAAGCCGUAGAAGCGAGUGGGCGUUAA